GACGUGAAGAUGGCAGAUGCCGAGUUCAAGGAGGUAGCUCCCGAAUCGCAUCCCAUUACACCGCAGCAGAUCCAGGCUCGCUUCGAAACAUUGAAAGAUUUGAGCCAAGAAGAAAUGGAUGCGUUGAACAAAAGACUUGUCAAACGACUUGAUUGGAGACUCAUGCCAUGCAUCACUCUCAUGUUUCUCAUGAACUACCUCGAUCGCAUCAACGUAUCCAACGCACGCCUGGCCGGGCUGCAAGAGGACUUGCACAUGACCGACACCAUUUGGAAUACGGGUAUAUCAACCUUUUACGUUGGCUAUCUUGUUGGCCAACUUCCCGGUAACCUGUGGCUUGCAAAGGCGGACCCAAGAUGGCUUUUACCGUCCAUGAUGAUGGCUUGGAGUAUCGCCACAAUCUGCAUGCCGGCUAUGACCAGCGGAGCUGGCUUCGCCGUGUGUCGCUUCUUCAUCGGCUUGUCUGAAGCGCCUUUCUUCCCCGGUAUCACACUAAAGGAGAAUCCCAUGCGCAUGGCUAUCUGGCAUGCGGGAAAUACCAUGUCGAAUAUCUUGUCUGGCUUCUUGGCCGCCGGCAUCUUGACAAACAUGGACGAGGUUCUCGGACUCCACGCCUGGCAAUGGUUCUUCAUCAUCGAGGGCGCUGCAUCUAUUGUUGUGGCCGCCGGUGCCUACUUCCUGCUUCCUUCGUGGCCGCACAACACCAAAUGGUUGACCGCGGAAGAGAGCGAAAUGGCCAUGUACCGCGUUCAAGUGUCCAACGGCGGCCAUGAUGAGGGCGUCGGUGGCACGUGGGAUGGCGUCAAGGCUGCAGCCGCUGAUCCAUUUACUUGGUACUUCUGCCUGAUGCACUUCUCGCUCGUAACAGCCCAGAGCUUCAAGGAUUUCCUGCCAUCGAUCAUGAAGACAUUCCACUUCGACCAACUCACUACCUACCUCGUUCAGGCCCCUCCAUAUGCCAUCGCCUAUGCCUUCGCGUGCGGUAUGGCGUACACAUCCGGCCGCUUCCAAGAAUCCUACUACCACAUCGUCCUACCCAUUAUCAUGAGCGCAGUCGGCUGCGCCACGCUCAUCGGCACCCUGAACGUAGGUGCGCGCUACUUUGGCCUCAUCCUGCUCAUCAGCGGUACCUACUCUGGCCUCAACCUCCAAUUGAGCUGGGAAACGACGCUCGUGCCUGCCCCCAGGAGUAAGAAGGCGGCCCUUAUUGCGAUUGCAAACUGUAUCAGUCAGACGAGCCAUUGGUUUAGCCCAUACUUCUUCCCGACGAGUCAGGAGCCGUUCUACCGUUUGGGUGGUGGGUUGAUCUUGUUUGGAUGUCUGGCUUGUGUGGUUUCGGCGUCGCUAGUCUUGAUGCGAGCGAAGUCGCUGAACAGGAAGUUGGAUGAGCAAGAGGGCUGGUCCGAGCACACUGGUGUUGAGCGUGGUUGGCGGCAUGUAUACUAAUCGGUUGGGGAAUGGAGAAUAGUAGGUCGAAGAUAGCAAGAAGGAUUUUACGAAUUUACGAAUGGAUGUUUACGGUUGCUUUUAUGAGUCCUCGUACCAACGAUAUCAACGCUAUUAUUGGCAGAUAAAUCGCUAUAAAGCCUCAUACUGCCUACACCGUAAGUGGUAGUGCUGGUCACGAAGUUGCUGAAAGAGUUU